AUGCAGACCACGCAGGCCCGCGAACAGCUGCUGUCGCCGCUGAGGAAAAUGAGGAACGCCUCUGUAUCCUCCAUGCAAUCUGAUGCAGAUCCCAAGCAUGCCAAGUCCGAUUCCAAGCUGUCCCUGCUGGACGACGACGACAUGUGCCCCACCUGUCUGGAGGGUUACCCAAAGGAGAAUCCCAAGAUCACGCUCAAGUGUGGGCACCACUACCACUUGCAAUGCAUCUAUGCAUGGCUGGAACGGAGUCAGACCUGCCCCUUCUGCGGCCGCCAGACGGCGUUCGACGAGAUCCUGUAG